ACUGCACGAUGGUGCCUCCUCAUCUUAACAGAAUCCCUAUCGGGAGCUAAAUGUUGUUGUAACUUGCAAUGCUAUUCCGCUGUAGCGAGUAGCGUGCACUGGUGUUUAAAGACAUGAUUCAUUAAUUUGGUCUCCAUAAUAAAGCAGUCUAAUGGAUAAGGAAAACACAUCCUCGACAACAUCCCCUAGGGUAGCAGGAGAUGGUCUGCGAUCGGUGAAAACUACAGGGGUAUUCAGAGCACUAAAUUUUGAACUCUAUGUCAAACCAAACAAAAUCGUAAUGGUAUUGGGUCUAGUAGCUAUUGCUGGUUGUGCAGGAUAUUUAACGUACAUGAAGACGAAGUAUGAAAACAUGGGCUACUAUGUUGCUGUGCGAGAAGAUGGAAGCAAACAACUGCACACAAAAAAGUCAAGAUGGGACUAAAUGUACAUUGAACAUAGCAUUCUACAUUGUAUAGCUGAUAAAGAAAUAAAGCUGAUUGUAAGAUGAUAAAAGCAAUUAAAGAUGACAAAGCAUUGUAAGCUGAUGGCAAAGCUGCAAAAGAAAUAAAUUAUGAAAAUUCAAA